AACACUAACUUCCUCAUAGACAGUAGAGCCGGUGAACUCUGUCACUCUUCAGCAUUGUACAGUUAGAGGUCUGAGUAGGGUGCAGUGGAAAAGGAACGGGAAAAGUUGUACAGUAUAAUAAUCUGCCCACUGGAGUAGCGACCGGUAUACCGGCUGCAAUUCUCAUCAUUUGAAUGUCUGGUGACACAGCGCGAGAGGUGGGCUUCGAUUGUCAAAUCGCAAAGGUGCAUUCAACAGCAGAUAUAACUUCGGGGAUGGAACAAGUCACAAUGAGCGACCGGUUCGAUUGCGACAACUGCAAGGAGUCCCUGUACGGACGCAAGUACAUCCAGGCAGACGGGGGAGAGGGGGACAACCCCUACUGCAUCCCCUGUUACGACAGCCUGUUCGCCAACACCUGCGACGAGUGCAAGGAGCUAAUCGGCCAUGACGCCAGGGAGCUGUUCUACGAGGACCGGCACUACCACGAGCACUGUUUCCGUUGUUUCCGCUGUGACCGCUCGCUGGCGGACGAGCCCUUCACCAGCCAGGACGAGGCCCUGCUGUGCAACGACUGCUACUGCAACGAGUUCUCGUCCAAGUGUGUGGCCUGUGACAAGACUGUCAUGCCAGGCACGAGGAAGUUGGAGUAUGGUGGCUCCACAUGGCACGAGGGCUGUUUUAUCUGCCACAGCUGUGAGCAGCCCAUCGGCUCUAAGUCCUUCAUCCCAGACAAGGAUGAACACUACUGUGUGUCCUGCUAUGAGGAUAAGUUUGCCCCGCGCUGCACCCGCUGCAAAAAGGCCCUGGCUAAAGGGGGUGUGACAUAUCGGGAUGAGCCAUGGCACAAGGAGUGCUUUGUGUGUACGGGCUGCAAGGUGCAGCUGGCAGGGCAGCACUUCACCUCGCGCGAAGACAACCCCUACUGCCUCAAGUGCUUCGGCAGCCUAUACUCUAAGAAGUGUGAGGCCUGCAGCAAGCCUAUCACAGGUUUUGGCGGAGGGAAGUACAUCUCGUUUGAGGAGCGCCAGUGGCACCAACCCUGCUUCACCUGCACAGAGUGCUCUGUCUCUCUGGUGGGGGCAGGCUUCUUUCCCAAUGGAGAUCAGAUCCUGUGUCGCGACUGCAACACCAAUAGCAAUCUAUAGACUACACACACACACACCGUAUCGCCCCUCUCCUCACACACGCCCGCCUAGUUCAACCCCAGGGCCCCCCUCAUCACUGCCAAGGUUGUUAACACAGACCCACAGGCUGCCUCUCAGGUCAUACACACAGACACACACACACACACCUUGCUCACUAGACCACAGCUCAAUCCCUCAUCCUCCCCGUGUGUUUUCUGCUGCUUGCUGUCAAAUACCAGAGCUAAGCAUCAGGCUACUGAAGCACAGACACAGACAAAAAUCAGCUAGACUAAAGUUGAUCUAACUUGGCAGAGGCAUGUUUUCAUGACCAAAUAGACCUAUAUUUCCUUCACCUGUAUGUAUGGGGUGACUUUUUAGUCGGAUUAUGUUUGGUUUAACAGAGGGAAAAGUAUUGUCUUUGGACAGAACUGAACCGUUCUGAAUGGUAGCUGGACAAUUUUAAAAUGAUUAGUGGUGUCAUUUGAUGGAUUGCCCAAUGGUCUCCCAAACAAAAGAAUGAUGUACCAAAGAAAUGUAAUAUCUGACAUCAAAUAAUUAACUGGUAUUGGGGGGGGGGGGUGUGUCAUGGAUCCGAAAUUACCGAAGAAUUGAAUUCCACUAUCGCUACUCCAAUGUUCUGUAUUAGAGGCUGUAGGAUAACACUGACCAACAUGCAAAUAGCCCAUCGAACAUAGUUCGAAAUCAUACUAUUUUGAUGUAGUUGCUAUCUAGCCUGGAGAGGGGAGAUCCACUCCAAGGCUUUCCUUCUCCACAGUAAGUCGUGACUAUGUGAAAAAAAGGGUUAUGUGCCUUUAAAAAAAAAUGGCAUACUUUAUAUGGUAUGUAUUAUCAAACCAAAGAGAAAUGCUUCCAGCUAUGCAAACUUGCUAGAUUUUUGUAUGAAUGUAUCACCACUAAUCAAUGAAAGCGGCACUUUGUAAAGCAGCUACAGAACACUGAUAUUUACUACAUUGUAAAUAUGUUAUGCAAGUAAAGUAUGUUCGAGUGAUUCAAUGUUGAUAAUUGCAGUUUUGUGCAUAUGACUGUUCUCCUAUGUCAAUUAGGUUUCAAAGCAGUAUUUGCUGUCAUGCUUUAGUUGUUACUUACCCUAUAGCCAUAUCAUGAUUAUUUGAAGAGAAUAAUAACACUGCUCCAGAAAGUGAAUGUCUUUAUAGUAUACUAAAGAAUAUGUCCAAGAGAUGGGGGAAAAAAAUAAAAGAUAGAUAUUGAGAGAACGUGAAAAGAAAGAUGGCUUGGUGGUGCUGGAGAAAACCAAUGAAGUCAGUUAAGGCAUAAGUGAAAUGCUGUCAUGUAUUUGCACUAUGGCUAAAAUAUUCCCCUCGUUCCCAUAGUCUGUGAACAUACAAUCGCAACUCAAGCAUUUAUAUAUGGAGCAACACCUAAACCACUCUGCCUUUUUUUUAACAACUAUUGUUUACUUUUUUCCAUGUUGACACUUAUCUAUGAUAUUUUUCAUUAAGCAUAUUUCCUUUUCUUUCCUUUUUGUAUUUAAUCUUUCUGUUACUAUCGCUGUUGUUUGAUAAUGAAUGGGCUAGUCCCAAAGAAGCUGAGCUGCAUUUCAUCAACUAAGUGGUAUGCAUGUCUUUGUCAUUACCAGACAUGGGUUCAAAUCCUAUUUGAAAUAAUUUCAAAUACUUUAUCUGGGCUUGAUUGAGCUUGCCUGGCCCAAUGGAACCAAUGGAAUAGUGGCAAAACUGCAAACCUCAUCCAUUUGCACUUCAGGCAGUCUAAGGCAAAUGCUACAAGUAUUUGGGAGAUUUCAAAUAGUAUUUGAACCCAAAUCUGGUCAUUACUUGUUUGCCUAAAAAUGUAUAUUGAUUAUUGCUGUUGAGAUUGUCACUUAUAGAAAAAAAAAUAGAAAAAAAAUCUUUAUUUCAUUAUUUUGAGCUUUGAUGCUGGCAAGUCAGAGUUGGCAAAUGUGCUUUUUAUGAUUCUAAAAAAGAUGGAGAAACACACCUGUGUGAUGGAAGAGUUGAUUCAAAUCAGUUGAAAAUGAAUACUGUUGAAUUUGUAUGACCUGUUUAUAAAAUGUUAUUAAAGAAAUCUUAAUUGAAA